AUGGCUGGUGAUUUAAUUUUGCUUGCGGCCGUCUCUCUUCUUUCCGCCUUCCAGCAAUGUCAUUUUGCUUCGCUGGUGGGGAAAUCAAGACUGAAGCACAAGGUCAUGCCCCCACUUGUCACUGGAGCUCCAGAAUUUGACAGAACAUUUCGUGCACAACAAAACUGUGUGGAGUUUUACCCAAUAUUCCUGACUGCCCUCUGGACUGCAGGAUGGUUUUUUAAUCAAG